GCACUAAAUAACUUUCACGAGAUGCUAAUACAAUGCAUUGUUCAGACACAGCAGCUGUACUUUAGACCACAAUUUCAUAUUUGUUAAAAAAGAGAGGAAAAAAAAAACACUGCUAUUAUAUAUUAUUAUUUAAAUGUAAUGCCAUCAAGUUGCGAGGCUCUUCACUCGCACCCUGAAACUCUUGAGACUCUAGAACCGAAGAACAAAUCUAAACAAACCAAAAGCAACCUACAAGACCUACGACGACGAAGAGCUGAAACCUUCAGAAUCUAAAAAAAAAAAGGGAACCUAAACAAAUUGUGUAGGCUAAGGACGAUAAAGGUCAUACUGAGACCAUAGCUUAUCCUCACAAGCCUCUCCUCCAUGGAACCUCUCCCACGGCCUCAUCGCGCUCCAAUGCACCAGACUGACCUCCCCUUCGCCGUACAUCACCUUGCAAUCUCCAUCCAAAUCCAACUCGAUCCUGUCCCAUCUCUCAUCGAUCCCCUCCGCUGCUCCUCUAAGCGCCAUCACCAUCGGGUCGUAGAUCCACUCCCCCUUCUGCAUCCUCACCAUCAGCUCCUCAACCCUCUCCGAGUAGUUGCCUUCCCUCCAUCUCCCCAAGUCCACCACCAUCACCCCUGUCUUGAAGUAACACUGCUUCUUCGCCACGCAGUACCUUGGUGCGGCGAUGACGGAGCUGUUAUGGCGGAACCUUGUGUUCCAGACAUCGGCCAGGUAGCCACGCGCGUAGCUCAGGGAGUCGUGCACGAAUUUUUGUUCGACGAGGGCUUGGACGGCUUUUUGUUCGAAGGUGGAGAUGCGGAAGCUGAGCCAAGGGAAGAUGAACUCGAGGAGGGCUCGGUAGUUGUUGUUGUCGUCGGAGGGGGAGAUGAGGAAGUGGAAGCGGAGGUUGUUGGGGCAAGAAGAGUGGGAGAGGAUGGAGAAGAUGGAGGAGACGAGGCCUCUCAGGGAGUUGAAGUCCAGGGUCAUGGCGACGUUGACGUGGGCAUUGGAGCAGCCGUGGUGGUGGGAGUUGUUGGGUAUCGGUGCUCGUGAGAAGCUUUGGAGGAGGGGAGAGUUUUGGGACGUGGGUUUCUUGAAGAAGUUUGCGCGAAUCGCGACGGAGGGGGAGAUGAGGAGGAGGAGGACGAGGAAGAGAGAGGGGGCGACGGGAGACGAAGCCAUCGCUCGAGAGAUUUGAGAUGCGAAGAAGG